AUGAGAUCUCCCGCUCUUCUCCUUCUUCUCCUCUUUGCGAUCGAAGUGAUUGCUACUGGCGGUUCUGGAGAGCCAUCUGGUGCUCAAGGUCCUGUUUCAUCCGCCCCAGUGAAUGGUGACCCUUAUGAUGGUGAAUAUGCGAUCGAUAUGCGACCUUCGAGCCUGCGCGCUCCAUUCUCUGCGAGGCUCGAGAAUCACAUUGGAGAUGUCUGGCAAGUCCCUAACGUGCAUGUGGAGCCAGUCGAGCUACAAUCCUUCAGUCCCACCGACUUGCGUGCCAAUUUCAACUACGAUCGAAACCUUCGUCGACAUCUCUACCUGUAUAAUACCUACAGCAACUUUCCGGAUAUGGUGUUUGCUACGCCCAUGCAUCGAGAGCCUCGUCCGCAAGGUAAUCAUUUAUGGGCUUUGUUUAGUGCCCACCAGCCCCCCUUUCAGGGUGACCAUCCCUUGAUCAGAGUACACGGAUUUGUCACAGUCUCCAACGGAGGCGCCGUCGUGCAGAGACUUUCCGAGCUUCCAGGCCCACAGAAUCGCGCUGCUGUGGAGAAGGGACACGUACUCAACAUUCAAGAGUUGUUCCAGCAGCUCGGUAGACUUCGCUGGCCCCAUUGGGAUCGCAACUGGUAA